UCGACAACCCGGACAUGCCUCUUCCUAUUUCCUACGCUAACUAGAAGCUGCAUGAGCAAGCGAGCUCGAUGUUCUUUUUCUCAUCGUGCGCUAAGCAUGAAGCUUCGCAUUAGCAGGGGACCCGUUGGAUUGCCGAGAAACAGGCGGAGCAAGGAGCUGAAGAUUCUGGCCAUCGCGUAAAAGCUCAUACAAUCCCAGGUGCUGAAGAUUUCAGACGAUGGCUAAACUUGGCUUUCCCAGUUUAAAAUCCAUGCGCAAGUUCACCGUCCCUUGCUCAAAAUGGCUGUCAUGUACGUGUUUGAAGUAUCCGACCCAAGUUCCCAUAAGAGCGUCACCUCCUUCUCUUCUUGAUGCCAUCUACUGCUCCAAAGAGUCGAAGAUCUCUUGACUCCGUGAAAACGAGUCAGAGAACGCUGGCUCCUGUAUCAUUCUCGGGUACUACCAGUUACCUGAGAAAACCCACCAACGGAUUCUCUCCAAAACUACCCCGCACGCGCUGUGGAAGUAAUUUCUCCCCCUUUUUAGCAAGCCCCCUAUUGGAUUCUCGGUCAUUUGCAUCAUAUUUCAGUGGCAAACGGAGUACACGUGAGGAAUUGGAAGUAUCGGGUGCUUCUGGGGCGGGCAAAGUGGGUGAUGAGAAUAAUGCGGUUGUCUCGAGUGAGUGGCUCGAUAAGAUAAAGGAUACUUGGCACGGCACCGUUGACGUGGCUGGUCACCCAGGGGAAAAGGUGAAGGAGGUAUCCGAUGAAUUGGCUCCUUAUGUGCAGCAGGUGCUCGAUGGGCACCCUUAUGUUAAGUACGUUUUUUUGCCAAUUGGUCUUACUUUGACCGUUACUCUAUUGGCAUGGGUUGUGAUGCCUAGAAUAUUAAGGAGAUUUCACAAGUAUGCAACACAAGGUCAGGCUGCUUUGCUCUCGGGAACCCCUUUGGGAGAAGAAACUCCUUAUGACAAAAGCUUAUGGGGGGCCCUGGAGGAUCCUGUGAGAUAUCUCAUCUCCUUCAUGGCAUUUUGGCAGAUCGCCACGAUGGUUGCUCCUACAACUAUAGCAACUCAAUACAUCGGGCAAGCAUGGAGGGGUGCAGUUAUUAUUUCGUUUGUAUGGUUCUCGCAUCGCUGGAAAACAAAUGUGUUCUCUCGUGCAUUAGCAGUUGAGAGUUUGGCAGGACUUGAUCGGGAAAAGAUACCUGCACUAGACCGACUUUCGUCUAUAGGGCUGUUUGUAACUGGGUUGAUGGCUUUAGCAGAAGCAUGUGGGGUGGCUGUGCAGUCUAUCACUACAGUUGGUGCUAUAGGAGGAAUAGCAACUGCUAUUGCUGCCAAAGAUAUACUUGGAAAUGUGCUUAGUGGCUUGUCUAUGCAGUUUUCAAUGCCUUUCUCGCUUGGAGAUAAAAUAAAAGCUGGAUCUAUAAAAGGUGAAGUUGUGGAAAUGGGGCUUACAACAACAUCACUGCUUAAUGCAAAGAAACUUCCAGUCAUUGUUCCAAACUCACUGUUUUCUAAACAGGUGAUCGUAAAUAAGUCACGUGCUGAGUGGCGUGCCAUGGUCACCCAAAUCCCUUUGCAAAGUGAUGAUUUGGAGAAGGUUCCGCCUAUAUCAAAUGAUAUCAAGAAUAUGCUGAAAUCACAUCCUAAAGUUUUCUUGGACAGGGAAGGCCCCUACUGCUUCCUGUCGCGAGUGGAAAGUUCUUGCAUCGAAUUGACUCUCGGCUGCGAUCUCAAACGCAUGGGUGGAGAUGAGUUGUACACCACAAAGCAAGAUAUCCUUCUUCAGGCAGUCCAGAUAAUUAAGCAGCAUGGUGCUAGAUUUGGCAGCAGAAUGCAAGAAACCACCGGUCAGUGACAGUGAGGAAGAAUUGCGAGUUUCCAUUUGGAUCCAAGACACCAGUUCUGUAGUUGCUUGAGUCAUUCAUCAAUCAGCUCGAAAGAGCCAAUAAAACGAAUCAAUAAUCUGAGACCAAAAUAAUAUUUGGAGGACCCUUCGGAGGACUCUUCCGACCAAACAAGAAAUAUGGAAUU